AAUACUCCGAUUCGGCCCCUAAUCUGCCUACUCCAGCCUUGGAACGUAAACAAUAAAUGAGAUGCGUCUACAGGUAUCAGUAAGUAACUGUGUUGAAGAAGCAAAGCAUUUUUGUACAAGCGAAGCCACUUCAAGUCACAGGAGAAUUGAAUUGAGCAUCCACCAUUCAUUCCUUUAUUGGACUCUCUAAAAUUCGCCUCCUACAUUCCUUCUUCUAUCUGCCAUUCUUUUUCCUCUUUAAAUCCCACUUGUUAGAGGAACUUCAAUGCCAUGAUUGUUAUCUGUUGUGAAUUUUGGGGCCAUGGAAUCAAUCAAGGCUUUGUAUUUUAAGUGACUUGCCGUGAGUUUUAGUCAGUUGAUUAGAUGGGUAAGGAAAACCCGUUUCAAACAAACGCCGGUGGAAUUAGCAAUGAAGUUAGCCCUCUUGACUCUCAGGAUUCAGGGAGGUACUCACAUUAUAGUGUAGAUAAGGAGGCAGGCUUGGCAACUUGCCGGGUGUGCCAAUGUGCUGAAUCUGACAAAAGAGGAGAUGCUGCAUUAGGCUUUUUGGGUAUUACUGUUCCUUUGCAAGAAUCGCUUAAAAGCAAUGGAGAAAUGCAAUCUGACGUAAGGCAAGCACAAAAAGAUGGUGAAAUUGCCAAAAAUGUUGGGAGAGAAUCUGGUUUUGUUGAGUUCAUAGGCCCUGAUGGGGAAGUUUUCAUUUGUAAUGCUGAUUUAGAAAUGGGUACAUGUAACAGCCAAGAUGCUCUAACUGAACUUGGUUGUUCUUGCAAAAGUGAUCUUGCUUUGGUACACUAUGCUUGCGCCCUUAAAUGGUUUGUUAAUCAUGGGUCCACUGUUUGCGAAAUCUGUGGGCAUGUUGCAAAAAAUAUCAGGAUUGCUGACUUUAAAAAGGUUGUGGUUUCAUUAAAGGAUUAUGAAGUACUGAGACAAAGGACUGCCAGUGGAGAACCGAAUCCUGCUCAAGUGCAAACAAGUUCAGGUGUUGAUCCUGAUGCUGUUGCUGCUAUCAGAAGGCAACGACUAAGUGAGAUUUCAUUGUGGUUUAGUCCACAUGGUCAUAACAUUCAUCAAAAUAGUAACUCUAAUGCAGUUUCCCAGGUUGUUUUUGAACAACCUUUGAAUACUGUUUCUGAAGAGGUGGUCACUGCUGAAAAUCCUGCAACAAAAUGGGCUGUUGAAGGUACUGGGAUUUUGCUUGCUACUGGCCUGCUUACUGUCACUCUGGCAUGGCUCAUUGCUCCUCGUGUUGGAAAGAAAACUGCUAGAAGUGGUCUUCAUAUUCUUCUUGGAGGCAUUUGUGCUUUAACAGUAGUCGUCUUCUUUCGCUUUAUUGUGCUUACUAGAAUUAAAUAUGGACCUGCACGCUACUGGGCUAUCCUGUUUGUCUUCUGGUUUCUUGUAUUUGGUAUAUGGGCAUCACGAACACAUGGUGCGCACACAACAUGAUUUCUUAGUAUUUUUUUUUAUGCAUGCAUAUAAGAAUCUGAUAAAACUAUGUGUAUCUAUUUUCGAUGCGUAAACAUAUACAUAUUUAUAUGUAUCAUCAUAUAAUUGAGUGAUUUUAAAUUAAAAAUAAAAUAAUAUUUAAUUAUAUGAUGAUAUAUAUAAAUACGUAUAUAUAUAUAUAUUUGUGUAUUUAAAAUAGAUAUGUAUGUUAUUACUUUUAUGGUGAUGACAUUUGUAAGUUUCGUCUUCAGAUGUUGUGUGCGUUUACUUUACAUGUAACAAUGAGCUGUGGAUAGGCCAUACUUGGGUGUGCAGAGGCAUGAUUUUCCGUGAAGAUCUUGGUUUUAUAUAUUAUUCUCUCCUUAUUAUA